UAUCCUCUUCUAUUUCUUGGUUUCUCCUCAGACUGACACACACAGUCUUUCAGGAGCUGAGGGUCUUUUUCACAAUGCAGUUCUUCCUCCUCCUCCUCUUCCUCCUGCCUCACGUUGCCACGGUUACAGCGGUGGCCGGUUGCCUCAGCGGCAGGGACAAGGACCACCGGCCGAAGGAGAACUGCACGGCGGCCGGCUUCAGCGACAUCCCGGCGGGACUCGAACCCACGACCAAGGUUCUGUUGUUUCCCAGGAACCUGUUCUCCAGCCUGUCCUGGUCCUCCUAUCAGAGUUAUACAGAGAUCUAUGAGAUCGACCUCACGGGCAACAAGGUUCCGGUGGUGACCCCCAGCACCGGCCCCAUCCUGCCCACUCUCUCUGUUCUCCGGCUGGGGUCGAACCUUCUGACGUCCCUGUCUGACGCCUCCUUCUCCGCCUGUCCCGCUCUGACCGAACUGUACCUGGAGAGCAACAACAUCCGCUCCCUGAGCGACCACACCUUCUCCGGACUCAGCAAACUGGAGAUCCUGGACCUGUCGUCCAAUCAUAUCAAGGUGCUUCCCCAGCUCAUGCUCCACCCCCUUCCAGCCAUAGAAACCCUCUACCUGGAGAUCAACAAGAUCAGAGUGAUGCCAGAUGAAUGGUUCAGCGUGAAGGAGGAGGUGCCGUAUCUCUACCUCUCGGCCAAUCCCUGGGCCUGCUCCUGUUCCCUUAGUUACUUGCAUAAAUACCUUGGAGACUACGAACUCAACGUCUACGUCCGGGAUGGCGUGGUCAUCAAGAGCGACGCAGAGAGCGUGGUGAGUACCACAGAGAAAGAGAAAGGUAAAAGCCAACACAUCAUAUUUGGUUUUAAAUGGUUCGAGUUCAGCGGUCGACUCUUGAAACUACCCAAACCACAAUAUGUGUGAAGCUUCACCUUUAGUCUCGUAUUUGCUGAUUUUUAGUUUCCGGUAAUGUCACCAUCU